CUACUUUUUUACACUGUUGAUCAACUAAAUAUUCUGGCUACCCAAAGGCCACGUUUGUCGGGGCAAAAUCUGGGUUCUUUUGAAAGAAACAAACAAAAAAAAAAUGGCACAGCCCAUCGACGGAGUUUGGUGAACCAGCCCAGGCGCGUCCAGAAUGUACAACAGUACUGUCUCACUACUGAGGAUGGAACCCACCGUGCCGGUGGUCAUGUUCAUAUUCGGUGUUGUGAGCAACUUGAUCGCCAUCGUCGUGCUUUGUAAAUCCAGAAAAGAGCAGAAGGAGACGAUAUUUUACACGUUGGUGUGCGGCCUCGCGGUCACAGAUCUUUUGGGCACGGUGCUCGCCAGUCCUGUCACUAUCGUCACGUAUGUGAAGGGCUCGUGGCCGACUGGAGAGCCUCUGUGCCAGUAUUUCGGAUUUGUCCUGCUCUUCUUCUCUUUAGCCGGCUUGAGCAUCAUCUGUGCCAUGUCUGUGGAGAGGUAUGUGGCCAUAAACCACGCGUACUUCUACAACGACUACGUUAACCAGAGGCUGGCAAGUGCAACACUUCUCGCCAUCUACGUCUCCAACGGGGUUUUCUGCGCUCUCCCGAGCGUUGGUUUCGGCCGCGUUACCAAGCAGUAUCCGGAGACAUGGUGCUUUCUAGACUGGAGGACUGAGGAGAAUAUACAUGCCGCCUUCUCGUAUAUGUACGCCGGGGUCAGCGUCGUCCUCAUCCUGGCCACAGUCAUCUGUAAUGUGGCAGUGUGUUGCGCACUGAUGCGGAUGCACCGCAGGUUUGUACGGAGGAUGUCGCUGGGCAGCGAUCAGUGGAGAGCCACAGAGGUCGGUAGGAAGCGCAGCUGUAGGCGAUUGGCAGGAGCGGAGAUCCACAUGGUCGUGCUGCUCAUCGCCACAUCUGCCGUGGUGCUCGUUUGCUCUAUUCCUCUGGUCGUGCAGGUGUUCAUCAACCAAAUAUAUAAGAUUCCAGUGGAGAAACGUUUAGACAAAAACCCAGAUCUUUUGGCCAUACGAUUUGCUUCAAUCAACCCCAUUCUAGAUCCUUGGAUCUACAUACUACUCCGGAAAGCCGUUUUCAUCAAACUCACUAAAAACAUCAAUUAUCUGUUCUGUAAGAUCAUUGCACGUGGGCAGCAAAAACAGGCCAAUUUUCACUGGCUGGAACAACGGCGAAUGUCAUCCAUUAUCUCCAAAGACUCUAUAUCACUUGUGUCUCGGAAUUUGAGGGAUGUCAGAAGCACAUCACAGACCUUUCUUUGUCUCUCUACAAUAACUGAGCCCUACAAAGACACAUGCAGUUCAAGUCACAUUGGGUCCUCUCCAUAUUCUUCCCAACAACUUGGCAUAGAGUUCUCCAACAAGAACAGUUCAGAGAAUGAGGGAGAAAAAUGCACUAUUAACCACACAUGUCAUCCUUCAUGCUUUAAAGAACCGGAUACUAACUAGCAUUGUGAAUUUCCAGGAGAACGUAUUUAGUGCUAAAAGGCAGGUGCGAUGACAUCUGUAAGCCUAUUUGCAUUUGUAAGUAUUUUUAUUUAAUUGUAUUUGUAUCAUUUUAAUGGCAGCUGAAACAUGAGGUUUUUUUUCCACAUAAAACUCUCAAAUACUCUGAAAAUCCCCUAACCAACUGCAUCCAGUAUUGAUACAUUUAUUUUUCUGCAGGGUUCAAACUUGUGACAGGAUAAUUAGAAAUAAGCUAUGCACAAACAAACAUAACAAAAAUGUUUGUUUUUAAAAUCAGUGUAGUUUCUGAACGUUCCACUUACCAAAGAAAUGUUAUUUUCUUGCAUAAAUAAAUGUGAGCUGCAAUGUGACCUUAAUUUAAGCCUCAGUAAGCAUGUUGAUGACCUCAAAACAUUCUUUGCACAAGACUAUGUGAGAAUGUCAUAAGAGGAUACUAUUACUAGAAAAUGUGUACAGAAAAUUUAUGAUUGCUUCCUUUUUCUUAAUCAUUCUAUACAUUGUAUAUUUUCACUAAUAAAUUUAGAAAAAAAUAACUUUUCAA